AUGAAAUAGUUUAAACAAUAAAAGAGUAAUUAGGAUAGACAAUAGGAUAAGUUCUGUAUUAAUGCUGCAGCACUAUAAGAUCAUUUAAGCAGGUAACUGUUCAAGCUGCCUAAGAUAAAUUAAAAAUAGUUAUCACUAGCCUAAAAACUAGGAUUAGUACCAUCGCCUCCAAAACCUCUAGAUCAAGAAGAAUGGGCUUAGGUUGAGGAACAGUCAUUAAAAAGGGAAGAUAUAUAAAAUUGUGUAUGUCCUAUUUGCUUAGAGAAAUUCAGAAUGCAAUAACAUGUAAUUUUGAGUUGUAGCCACAUCUAUCAUAAAACCUGUUUAGAAAGUUUUGAGAGAGUCUCGUAAACAAAACAAUGUCCUAUUUGUAGAAGAUAGGACUAUGAGAAGAAGCAAUUUAUGGUGGCUAACAAAUAAUAUAAGAUCUAAUCAAUAAUUAAAAUAUAAGCUUUAUUUCGAUAAUUUAUAUGUAGAAAGUAGUUUUAUGAGAGGAUGAUAAAACUGUAAUACAGACCAGAAAACAACUUAUUGAGAAGGAAAUUACUUUUUUAUAAAUUAUCAAGGAUUUCUCAAAGAAUGUCUAGGACUAUUUAAUAGCAGGGUAAUUAGGCAUAAUAUGCAAUAAAUCAAUUGGGUGAUAAUAUUCAAGUAAAAUAAGAGCAGAUGGAAAAGAAUUUAAACCAGAUUUAUAUAAUGAAACACAAUAACGAGUUGAUGGCUAAAUUGUAACCAAUAAUAAAAGUGGAUUGGAUAAACAUAAAGAAACUGGCCCUAGAGAGGAAGGAAAUUGAUUGCACAAUAUGUUUACAGAGCAUGGUGAAUACGAAGGUGUUUUUAUUGAGUUGUUCACACAUGUUUCAUGCUAAUUGUUUGAAUUCUUUUGAAAGAUAUUCAAUGGCUUAGAUUAACAAUUGUCCAAUCUGUAGAUAGACUUAUCAAAAAUCUCACUUUAAGUUAUAAUAUUGA